AACAGUCCAAAAUCAAAGGAUAUCAUAAUAGUUGUAUCUAGCAAUACAAAGAUUUGUUUACCACAUACUCCGUUUUAUCUAUUAUCAAUAAUUUGCGUGUUUGAUAAUCCAGCCGAUGAACAAAAUUCGAAUAGCAGGAAUACCUGGAGAGUUCCUUCUUCACCAAAUUUAAAAGUGCAAAGUGUGCUUCAGCUACAAGUUUUGGAAGCAUUUGUUUGGGAAGAAAUCAAUAAUCCGUUUGGGGCUUUUUUUGCCGCUUGUGCUGCGGUACUCGUUAGUUGUAUCGAAACAAUAUUUCAAUUUUUAUGCGGAAAGUCAUUCUUGGAAUCUGCAAAGAAUACUUGGAAAUUAGUCAAAGAUCGUGGUAUUGAAGCAAUUAUAAAUGAUUAUUUAAUUGGUAACGUCUUUGAUAUUGCCGAAGAUCCAAAUGCUUUAGCUAGAACCAAACCGAAUUAUAUCAAGAAAUUCGUAUCACUUAUCUUAGAUUAG